AUGCUCUACUGCUGGGGAGAAGGCGCCUCCGGGCAGCUGGGGCUGGGGGAUGCAGCCGAGGGGCGCUCGGAGCCGAUCCGUUUCCGUCCCGGGCCGGACGCGUCCUCGAGGCGCGGCGCGGCGCUUGUGGCCUGCGGAGAGCGGCACACGCUGCUGCUGCACGCCGACGGCUCCGUCUCUUCUUGCGGGGACAACGCCCGGGGCCAGCUGGGAAGGAGGCUCCCCGCCGGGCGGCAGUGCGGCUCCGUGCCAGAACGAAUCCGAGCAUUGGAAGCGCAGGCUGUUGUCUAUGUAAGCUGUGGGAAGGAGCACUCGAUAGCCGUUUGCAGCAACAGAAGGGUUUUCUCUUGGGGAGCGGGCUCUUUUGGACAGCUGGGCACUGGAGAGCUCAAAGACUGCUUCAUCCCCAAGAAAAUAGAUGGCUUGUCUACGUUCGAAAUAAUACAGGUGGCUUGUGGACACUACCACUCAAUAGCCCUGGCAAAAGAUGGCAGAGUCUUCUCCUGGGGGCAGAACACCCACGGUCAGCUGGGAGUCGGAAAAGAAGCUCCUUCCCACAGUCGGCCGCAGCAUGUUUCUGCUCUGGAUGGCAUCCCGUUGGCCCAGGUGGCUGCAGGCGGGGCACAUAGUUUUGCCCUCUCCCUUUCAGGAGUUGCAUACGCGUGGGGAAGAAACAAUGCGCAUCAGCUGGGCUUAAGUCAGAGUGACCCAAAAGAGCAAAUCUUCAAACCGUGCUCGGUGGCUGCGCUGAAAAAUCUCGAUGUGAUUUACAUUAGCUGUGGAGCUGAACAUACUGCCAUCCUCACUGAGAAUGGCAGCGUCUUCACGUUUGGAGACAACUCUGCUGGACAGCUGGGGACUAACUGUUCUGCCCAGAAAAGAGGUCCUCAAAAAGUGGACUGGAUUGAUGGUCCAGUAUCCCAUCUGGCAUGUGGAAGCUAUCACACCCUUGCUUGCAUCUCUGCCUCCAGCCGACUGAUAUCCUUCGGACGUGGCUGCAGCGAGCAUGGCACAGCUUCUUGCACGCAAGAUGAGACCCAGAGCUUUAACAUUAGCGCACUGAUUUCUCCUAACGAAUUGUCGGGCAUCGAAGUAAAGCAGGUUUUUGCUGGAACAUACGCCAACUUUGCCAUCGCACAGGUAUAUCCUGCACCUAAAUGUGCAAACAGAGCUUCCACGUUGGGAGCCUUGCCAAAGAUUAGCCAGCUGAGCAGGGCACUGAUUGACGAAUGGAUGUCAGCCGUGGAAUGGAGUGCAAGACGGCAGAAGGCAGAAAGAGAAAUACAAGUGAUAUUUUCUUCCCCUCCCUGUUUAACAGCAAGCUUUCUGAAACCAAGGUCUAGUCUGGAAGUUGGCUGCUGUAUAACAGUUGACCUGCAAAAAGCAAGAGAAGUAUUCUUUGAGCUUACCAAAAAGGACUGGAUUGCUCUCAAGAUCUUUCUCUCUGUGCUGAAUGUUCUAGUCCAUAGCCUUCCUCUGAACUCUCCUCACCAAGAGGCCCUGUCUUGCUUCCUUCUUGUACCCGAGUGCCUUGAUGCUCUUGAAGCAAAGGACCAGCAGUCCCUAAGCAGGUCCUUUGCAGAAACCAUCUGCAAGCUGAGCAAGCGCUCCUCCGACAUUCUAGAAAAGUUUUGGUCAGCUUUGCCAGUCUCAUUUUUUGACAGAAUAGUUCAGAUGCUUAAGAAGGCUGUGGUAUCUCUGCUGCCUUAUUACUAUUUAUCACCCCAGUGCCUGGAACUGCUCCCGGUCCUGGAAGCCCUUCAGAAACUCUACAGGGUAAACAAGACGACUGGCUGUAAAAUCCGGCUAAGCAACUUCUACAUCUGUGAAAUCUCUCAGGGGAUUGAUCUUUUCUUUGAUUUAUCCAGGUGGCACACAUGGAGUGAUAACCUGAUUCCUUCCCCUGACCUCUCUUUCUGCCGCUUUCCUUUCGUUUUCGACCUCCCAUCCAAGCUGCAGCUAUUCCAUCUUAAUUCCUAUGUCAUGCGAGAGUGCUUAAAGGCAGAUGCUCAGGAGGCGUUGCUCAGCAAUCGGCUGAAUCGAGUUCGGGAGAAUCCCAAGUUGCCCAUCUUUCUCCUGCGGGUGCAGCGCCAUAACCUCGUGGUAGACACUUUGCACAAAUUGAGUCAGGUGGAAGAAGAUUCUCUGAAAAUGGAAUUGGUGGUUGAAUUCGAAGAUGAACCGGAUAGACAUGAAGCCAGCAGGGUUUUGGUUGAAUUCUUCUUCUGCAUGUUUGACGAGAUGGUCCAGUCAGAUUAUGGGAUGUUUAUGUACUGUGAGCAGAAUUCUCCCAUGUGGUUUCCUGCAAAACCUUCAGCAGCAUUAAAGAAGUACUACCUUUUUGGGAUCCUGUUCGGGCUCUGCCUCUGCCACAGGAUCCUUGCUUAUGUACCUUUCCCUCUGGCUGCCUUUAAAAAACUGAUGGGCAAGAAGCCCUCCCUCGAUGACUUGAAAGAGCUGAGCCCUGUCUUAGGAAAGAGUUUGCAGGCAAUUCUUGAUUAUGAACAGGAUGAUAUGGAAGAAAACCUUCAUUUGUGUUACAAUAUAACCUGGGAUAAUGUGAACAUAGACUUAAUUCCAGAUGGCAGUUCGAUAGCUGUGAAUGCUGCAAACAGGAAGGACUUUGUCAGCAAGUAUGUAGAUUAUAUCUUCAGCAAAUCCGUGGAAGGAGUUUUCGAAGAGUUCAAGAGGGGAUUUUAUAAGGUCCUUGACAAACGGGUCGUUGGCUUCUUUGAGCCCCAAGAGCUGAUGCAGGUGGCGAUUGGAGAUGCAAAUUACGACUGGGAUGUAUAUGAAAAGAAUGCUGUGUACUGGGGAAUAUACAGUCCAACACAUCCAAUCAUACGGAUGUUCUGGAAGGUUUUCCAUGAGCUAACUUUGGCUGAUAAAAGAGGCUUCCUGUUGUUUGUCUCAGGAAGUUUCCGGUUCCCUGUAACAGAAUUACAGUCCGUGAAGCUAAAAAUUCACUCACAUAGGUCACUGACAGAAGAGCACAUCCCUGAAGCCCAGACCUGCUUUCAUCUCCUGCUCCUGCCACCUUAUUCCACAGAAGAAAAAUUGAAGGAGAAACUUCUCCAAGCCAUCGAGAACAAUCAGGGCUUUGGCAAGCCGUUAAGUUGCUAA